CGUAUUUGAAUAGAAAUUCAAAGUGUAGUUUUUAUUAUGUCAAAGGCGGAAAAUAUUUUAAAUAUUUUAAUAUAAAAAAGAGAAUAUAAAAUUAAAGCAAAAACGUAAAUAUUAUAACAAAAGAAACUCUUAUAAACGAGAUAAUCAAACUUAAGCGUUUCGAAAAUAUACAUAACCAAACCGGAACUACAUAAAAAAAGUUAUGGAACGCUAUUAUGUCGGCGGUGAUAGAAGUGACAGAGGUUCCCAAUUAUACAACAACAACAACAACAACAGCAAUAAUAAUAGAACCGAGAUCACUGGUUUGACACGCAUUACUAAGAAACGCCUAAAAGAGCUCUGCAAAAAGGAUAAACUCUAUCAAACGCCGGCGCUAAAUGAUGUACUCUAUCUGCACUAUCAAGGCAUCGAUUGCAUUGAGUGCUUGGAGGAUUACACCGGCCUCAAAUGUCUUUGGUUGGAAUGUAAUGCCAUAUCUGAGAUACAGGGACUGGACAACCAGAAACAACUGAAGUGCCUAUUCUUACAAAGUAAUUUGAUCAAACGUAUUGAGAAUUUGGAAAACUGUCCAGAAUUAGAUACGUUAAAUUUGGCUUCAAAUCAUAUACGAAAAAUCGAGAAUUGUGGUUUUGAAGUGUUGCCAGUUUUGAGUACUUUAAAUUUGUCUUCGAAUUAUUUAAAAGACUUUGAUGGCCUUAAAGAUUUGGAAAAUUGUAAAACGCUUUCAGUGUUGGACUUGUCGAAUAAUCGCAUCGAUGAUAUCUUGGUGGUGAAGAUUUUCGCAAAAAUGCCGCAAUUACGCGUGUUGGUGCUGCAAGGCAAUCCAGUGGUAUCUAAACUGCCGCAGUACCGUAAGACCCUAAUAUUGGAAUGCAAAGAACUGACUUAUCUCGAUAGUCGUCCUGUAUUUCCGAAAGAUCGCGCUUGUGCCGAAGCUUGGAAAAGUGGUGGCUACGAAGGUGAACGCAAAGAAAAUGAACGUUGGAAUCGUAUGGAACGUAAGAAGAUACGUGACAGCGUUAAUGCCACAAUUCGCAUGCGCAAUAGACAUAAGCCACCAGAUCAACAAGAUGCACUAUUUAAUUCAUCUGAUUCCGAUGAAGAAUCAAUGGAAGUGAAGCGCCAUCGACAGGCUGAAGUCGAUGCUGGUAUCAAUAUGGAAUUGGGUAUAUGGGAAGAGGUUGUGAAUGAAGAUAGCAAAUCGGAGACAGCUUCAUCCGACUUAAAUGUUAGCUCAUCAACAUCGGUACUAAGCACUACAGACUCAAACGCUAAUAUUUCAGCGGACUCCAAGUCGCUGGAGUUGCAUGCAAAUCUAGAUAAAGAAGAAACGAAAAUUAUGAACGAUGCUCCCAUUACAAAAUCGCAAGCUUUGGAAAUAACAAAUGAUGGUAAUAUGGGAAAUGUAUUGAAAAUUUGUAAUACAGAUGCGUUGAACGAGAAAGAUGAGGCAAUAGCGGACGAUAGCAAGGAAGCAGGUGUUGGACAGAAGCGUGUAUUUAUUGAAGAAAUAGCGGUUAAUGUGGAUGACACUGCCGAAAUUACAAGUGGUGUAAUAGAACGGCUGCUAGACAAUGAGAUAUUACCGUCGGUUGUGCAGAAAACCGGAACUUCAUAUAGGCGUAUGCCAAUACAAAAUCUCUCCGACUCCGAUGACGCUUGUAAAGAUGAGUACAAUGCUACUGUGGAUGCUAUUUCUAAGAUAACAAUGAAUGAUCUCUCAACCCAUUCACCGAAAAAACGUAUCAAAUUACAAAUAGCGGUGGAUGAGACUUUGGAAAUGAUGGAUAUUGAAGAAGAGCCACAAAUUGCAAUUCAAAAGAGUUUAGAGUUGGAGUUAGAAGACGAGGAGCAGCAAGGUUGUGAAGCCGUUGAGAAAAUUGUGGGCGAAAUAUGUCCAACCACAGAGAAUAAUGAGAAAACAGCUGAACAAUUAAAGUACGAACAGGAAUGUGAAGAAGUCAACCAAAAAGUAGUUGAGGACUUUGAAGAGCUUUCAACUCAUAUGGAUAACUUUUUCGUGGAAAUGAAGAGAGAUAAAGUGGUGGUUGAGAAGACCGUGCUCUGUAGAGAAUCCUCACCUGAAAAAUUGUUUGCCUCUGUGGUCGAACAUGUGGCGCAAGUGGAAGUACUUUCAGAAAGCCAAACAACGGCUGAGGAAAGAGAGCCAGAGGAAGGUAGCAGCAGCAGUAACGAUGUGCCGCCCGAAGCCAGCCGAGCCGAUAAAGUUGAUAUCUUGAGUGCUAAAGCGCUGAAAGCGGAAGCAUGGGACAGUGAUGUACCAGGGGAUCACGUAGAUACCUCAGUAUUAGAAACCGAUACGCUUAACACUAAGAAUGAGGAAACGGAGGCAAAACACGAACCUCAAAAUAAUGAUGUUGCUACGGCACCGAACUUUGAUAGGCAGCAAGGAAAAGCUUUAUCGACUUUCGAACGCGAAGAAAGGGAACUACGAGAAUUACUACAAAAACUUGAAGAUGAAAAUGAACAGUUGUAUAAAAUUAACAACGCAUACCGACAAGCGCUUGAAAAAGACAUACGUGAAGAGAUAAAAUAUAAAGACAGUGAAAGCAGUGAAAAUACUAACAAAAUAUGCGCUGAAAUAAUACAAGAUCUACUCGAUGAGUUGGCCUUAUUGAAGCAGGGCACCGUAGAGCACCCAACAAGGCCGAAGAGCUAUGAAUUUGGUGAAAUUGAAUCGGACGAAGAAUACAGUUACUCAGAUCCACCAAAACCGUCUGAGCCACCAGUGCGCAGCAUACGCGAGGUGUUGGAUUCCUUCAACCAACUGUUACAGGAGAUAGCGCGCAAGAAUAAGGAUGAGCAAGAAUGCGCAGAGCGUGAAAGCCGCGAAGCAGUACAAAACAAAUUUGCGACCACCGAAGCACAAAAAGCUGCCAGUUUACAGAGUCUUUUGAAGUCGCCCAAUUUACGUGAUUUCAAUGGCGAUACCAGUGAGUUGUUGGAUCAACAAAUAGCUGCUGAGAAGAAACGCGAGAAAGCGCGUGUGCGCAAAUUAGUGGAUCGUGUUUAUGCACAAAAAGAUAAGUACAACGACACGCUUGAAGUUGUGGACGGUAAAUUGGUGGUGGUGAAGAAAGAUACUGGCGAGAUCGAAGCUUUGCCGGAAAGCAAAAUGAAUUACAGUGAUACUGACGAUUCGGACUACUACGAAUCGGCGAAUUCAGAUAAUGAGGGUGGCACUGUGUCAACGCGACUUUGGGAUGCAAAGGUGCGCAGAGAAGAGAGCGGCGUUGGUAGUUUCAAAUUACCAUAUCGACCUACCGAACGCAUACCUGCCAUACAAUUGAUACAGAAAGCAAAUGCAUUGAAGGAAAAGCAGGAUGCAGAACGUGACGCUGCUGAAGAAGAGGAAAAUGAGCAAUUCUGCUCGUUGGAAUCGACGAAACCUGCAUGUUUCCAUGAUAUCGAUGACGAAUUCAUUGACAAAAUGGACUUUGACAAGGCGGCACUUGAAAAGCCAAGUGAAGAUGUUGUGGUGGAAUGUUCACGCAGCUAUACCGAGCUCAAGCAGAUCAUUAAGCAAGAUAAGGAAGCACUGAAUUUGACAGACGAUGAAAAUGAUAUUUUGCACAGAAUAGUGGUACGUGUGGAGCAAAAUAAGGACAAGCAAACAACUGAUACACUUACUGAGGAAGAAAAUGAGCUACUGCAUAAGAUGGUGCAACGUACAAAGGAGAGAGAAAAAGAAAAACAGGAGACACGACGUUUAGAAGAAGAGGCACGCGAAAGCAAAGUUAAGCCGACGCUUUCAAAACAGACUAUGAAAAUUAUGGAACUAAGUGGCGACACACGUGAAGCUGACCAGCAUAAUGAAGGCAAUGGCGGUAAUGCUAUGAAUAUCAAGCAAUUGGACGCCGAAUUUCCAAUACCGCGUGUCUUCAGAGAUAUGCUAGAUGAAACAGAUAUGAGUAAGAUGGCGCACAAAUUUAAUGAGGAUGCUGAGCCUAAGCCUGAAUUGACGGUCCUAUAUAGCAAACCAACCAAAGAGCCUGCCACGGCGCAACCCAAAGCGCAAAAAUGUGGACUUUUCAAGAAUCCACUUGAACUUACACGUGGCGGUAUAGCAUUGACGCAGCAAUGUGACGAAGAAGAAUUUCACGAAUUAGAUACAAGUUACGAGGAUGUAUUACCAGCAACAGAUGAACAAGAUGUGGAUGUGUCGGAUGCGUUAGAUGUGUGUGAAGAAUUAGUACCAGAGCCAGAACCGGUAGCAAUAUACCAAGACAUGUAUGAAGAAACUUCAAAAACACAAGUGGAGCACAUUAAAGUUACACCAGAGUUGCACGAGAAGUGUGAAAGCCUCAGAGAUGUAGCGGUUAGCGUGCUGAAAUUCGAUGGUAGUAAUUAUGAGGAAUACGGCAUUGAUCAAGAGACAGCACGUGGAGUUGUGGCAUAUGAGAAAAUGUUGAAUUUCGGUGUGGUUGAGACCGAAGAAGAAUUUCUAGAUGCGCCAAUGGGAGAGGAGGAAAUGGUGAAAAGCGUAACCGAAGCGCUGCAAAAGAAUGAGUUGAAAGAGGUCAAAGAAGCACAAGUCGAGGAGAACAAGCUUACUAAAGCAAACGUGGAGAAUGUGAAGAUAGAUAUGGAAGCGGGAGAUGCAAUAAACGAGCUCAAAGCACCAAAUGAACAAGAGCAGACCAAUAUGUAUGAGACAAGAGAAGCGACUGUUAUUGCUGAGGAGCAGACCAGCGUACUUAAGUUAGAGAAUUCGAAAGAAAAUACCAAUGCUAGCGUUGGAGAUGAGUCUAAAAAUGUUGAUCUCUUCGAUUUGGAGGAAAUGACUAAAGAGAAUAUGAGAAAAUUAGAUAAUCUUGAAAAUGAAAUCACAAAUUAUUUAUAUCAAUUCGCGGAUCAUAUACAGCGUCAAGUGGGUGACAAUCAAUUAACAGUUGACACAGAGUUGUCAGAUGUCUCCGAUGAAUAUAAAGACUUUCCUGUAGGCGAUAGUAAAAUAGGGGGAGAAAUUGAUUAUGACAACACAGUACUCGAGAACACACAAACCAGUGAAACUACUACUACCGGCCAACAACAAAUAGACACAACGUAUAAAACUGAAGAACCUAACAACAAACCCACCGCUAAUGACACCGAGAAAUCGCGCAGUCUUGCGAAUCUACUCAAAUCACCAAUCCUAAAACAAUUCAACGAUGAUACCAACGAAAGCUUGGACGCUCAGAUACAGGCCGCUCAGCGCAAUGAUUUCGAGUUGAUUGAAUGCAGUCUCGAAGUUAUUGGCGAUGACGAUGAAGUGGUCAAAGAAAUCUCAGUUAAUGCUGAGAUUACAUACGAUUCUUAAACAGAUAUAGAAAUCACACCAAAUUUAUGUAUAUUUUUUAUAAAACACACGUUUUUUCAAGUCCUAAUUAUUCACUUGUAUAUGUAUGUAGAAGUAUAUGUGAUCCAUGUAAGUGCUGCAUGUAACGGGAUUUCACCAAAUAUACGAGUAUAUAUGUACAUAAAUUAAAG